CGUCUGUAGAAGAAAGCAAAAAUAUAUAUAGUGAAAUAUGAAGGAGAUCUUUGUUGGCCUUCUAAUCACGUUCCUGGCAGCACAUGGCAGCAGCGAUUCAGUCUCUGAUUCUCUGGAGGAGAUUCAACCGAGAGCUCUCAGGGAAGGCGAAUGCUUUGGACUCGUGAAGCCCCUGUUGGAGCAUGCGAUAGCGAUGCACAAGUGGAGACCGAAUAAAUAUGAGCUAAAUAAGCUGAACAAUGUGGAAACACUGUUGAACGAAAGGUUUGACACUUUCGAAAACAAUUUAAAUAAGAAAAAAUUGCGACCUGUGGACACAGCUCCAUUUAAGCAAAUUGGAGACAAAUACUAUUUUAUCGAAAACAAUUUGAAAAUGGACUGGUUCGGAGCAUUGCAUAAAUGCCACAGCCUGGACGGACACCUGGCGAGUCUGCAGAGCGAAACUGAGCUGGAUGCACUUAAGAAUAAGCUGAGCAAAGACAAUUAUUGGGUGGAUAUCAAUGAUCUUGCCGUGGAGGGCACAUUUCAAUCUAUCACCACUGGCCUGAAUGCAACCUUUCUGAAGUGGGGCAGCGGAGAGCCAAAUGACGAGUAUAGUCACGAUGAUUGCGUCGGAUUGCGCAAGAGAUUUUCAUAUGACAUGAACGAUGCCGAUUGCGAGGAUGCAUACAACUUUAUUUGCGAGAAGCAAUUCGAAUCGUAAGCAAGGGCUUCUUUCGUACAUAUGUUCGAUAUUAUAAAUAAAUAUGCAUGUCUGAGUG